AACAAACCUCACGCGAUUUUCCCAAAUCCUCAAGAACAACAAACCCUCAAUUCCUCUCUCGAUUCAAAACUCUCUAAAUCACGACAAUCCCUCACUCUCACUCGUCCUCUCUCACUCGUUCUCUCAAUUUUGUCAUCUCUCUUGGUGGUUCGCGAACCCUAGGUCCCAAAUCGAAGGUGGGUGAAACAAAUUGAAGCUUCUCUCAGAUCGUUCUUCUCCCUACAACUGAAAACACAUACAGUGAAAGGGAGCAUAAUAAAGGAGACGAGAUCGCGUGGCAUGCUGAUGGAGAUAAGAUUGUUAGAAAUGUGUAUAAUCCAGCUACUGCUUAUGCAUUUGAGUGACAGAUAAAGUAUUUGGACCACAUACCGUAUCGGAUGAGGUGUAUGAAGUAGCAGCCAAGCCUGUGGUGAAAGCUGCCAUGGAAGGUGUCAAUGGUAUAUGCAACGUGUUUCCAUAGACACAAAAAAAUCAGAUUUGUUUGCAUUUUUGGACCCGGUUCAAUUGAGUUUUGCAUCAAAGCCAGUUUCACUUCAAAAGGCGGGUAAACAAUACAUUCAAAAUAAUUUGCGUGAUCUAAACAAAGUGUGCUACUUAGCACCACAUCUUUUUGACGGGCAUUGGCAAUUAAUAAUUAUGUGUCCUAAGGACAAUGUUAUAGUUUGUCUUUGUUCAUUACACCGUAAGAUACCUGAGGCAGCGAGGAAUUUUUUUACAGAUGCUUUUAAAGUUCAUCAAUUGGCAACUUUUGGUAAUAGAAAGAAGGCUACAUGGAUUUUUCCCAAAACAAGGCGACAACCUAACGGUAAUGACUGUGGAUAUUAUGUAAUGAAGAACAUGCUUGACAUUGUCACCGCUAGUAUUACAAAGAAUUGGAUGGAGGUGUUCGAUGAUCCCACGUCAUUAACCGAGGAGGAGAUGUAUGAAUUGCGAAACAACUGGGCUACUUGUUUUCUUGACCUGUACAAUCCCGAGGUAGAUUAUGUUGUUUCCGAUGAUGAGGUUUAGGAGCUAGCUAGUUACAAUGGAUUCACAUUAAUUAGGAUGUUUUGAAUUGUAAUGACUUGUAUUUUGCUUGAAUGUUAUAACAUUUUGGAUUGUUGGUAUUUUGCUUGACUUGUAAGACUUGGUAUUUUAUUU